UGACGUCGAGUACGCGCAUGCGUGGACCGAUCGGGUGAUAAAGCAAGAUGGCGUCUGACGGAGAAGGGCUAAACGCGGGCAUUAUAUUUCUGUAUUCUUACAUAUAUGUUGUUUAAUAGAGUACACAAGGUUAAUAAUUGUUUGUAGCAGGAUACAUUAGUCUGACUGCACUUUGACACUUCUCCUGUUUGCUAGCUUCAUUUAAGGUAGCUUGCAGCUAGUUUAGCUGGCUAGUUAGCUUAGAUUGUUAGCUGCUAACAAAGAGACGCGGAAGUUAUUUAAACAUCGCUAAGUAGGGAACUAAUGUGAGUGUAAAGUGUUGUGAUUGUGUGAAAAUGUGCGAAAGGACGGUAGCAAAGUACGAGGAGGAACUUUGUCCAACAAAAGAGGAGAAGGAGCGACAACAACUACUGGAUGUUUAUUAUAAGAAACAUCAAGUUGUGUUACACAUACCAGACGUCUGUGAAGAACAACUUCUGCCUGAAAAACAGGAGUGUAGCUUCAGGAUGGUGAAGGAGGAUCCAUCAAAGAGGAAGACCAGACGCCACAGACCCUUUGGCGUCUCCUUUUCCUCUUUGACACAGACCCUUCCCUGUAAAAAGGAAGAGGAAGACUCACUGACCCCCCACAUUAAAGAGGAAGAGGAGGAACACAGCAUCAGUCAGGAGGGAGAGCAUUUUGAAGGACUGGUGGAGUUCCCAGUGACUGGUGUCCCUGUGAAGAGUGAAGAUGAUGAGGUCAAAGGUGAAAGUGAGGAGAAGAGAGAGGCGGAGCCUCCAAGCAGCAGCUCAACACAACACAUGACAACAGAAGCUGAUGGAGACCACUGUGGAGGAUCACAAGCAGACAAGCUCUUAGCUCCACUAUCAGAUAGUGAGGACACAACGUCACACUCUCCUGACACUGAUGAUGAAGACUCUAAAGAUGAUAAGACAUGUCACACUGACAACACUCACUUGAAAUGUUCUCACUGUGACAAAACCUUUGAAUACAAUUGUUAUCUGAAAGUACACUUGAGAAGACACACUGGAGAAAAACCUUUCAUCUGUUCAAUAUGUGGUAAAGGUUUUGCAGCAAAUCAAUAUUUGAAAGCACACAUGAGAGCACACGCUGGUGUAAAACCUUUUUUUUGUUCAAUCUGUGGCUUAUCUUUUACAAGGAAGCAACAUUUGAAAGAGCACAUGAGAACACACACUGGUGAAAAACCUUUUUCCUGUUCAACUUGUGGUAAAGGUUUUACACAAAGACGUUGUUGGAAAAAACACAAGAAAAUACACACUGGUGAAAAAUCACAUUCCUGUUCAAUCUGCAACAGAAGCUUUUGUGAACGAUCGAACCUUGUAGCACACAUGAGAACACACCCAGGAGAGCAAGUGUUGAGUUGCAGUGUGUGUGGUGAAAGAUUCUCUUCUAAGUACCAGUGUAAGAAACACAAGUGUGCUGGUGAGAACAGCAGCAGCAAAUGAAACUGCAGGAUUUGAAAUAAACUGUCAAGACUUUAAUUUUGACUUUCUAGCAACAUCAGCACAUAUAACAUGUGUGACAUUGUUGUUUGUGUAACAAUCUUCUUAAUAUGCUUCUACAUUUAUAGAUUAGAUAUUUUAUAUUAGUGCUUCUUUCAGUCUAGUACAUGUAUUAAUAUGCAACAUUGUGUAAUUUUAUUAAACAUUGAACAGAACAAUUUGACUGAAAAGGUGAGAGUAAACAGUACAAGACAUAUUUUACAUACAAUAAACAUUUUAUGUGUAUAUAUAUUCAUCAUACAAUUUUAGACUUAUUCAUAAUAGUGUUUUUAUAGGUGUUUGAAAUAUUGAAGUAUUACAUAUUUUUUAUUUGUAAUUGUUAAUGAUCCCAUAGAUUAGCACCUUUAUAUGAUAUACAUAUUUACUGGUUCACAUCCGAAACAUCUUCUGGACCACUUCAGGAAGCAUAUUAUUAUUUACUUUAUACAUCAUUUGAACAGUUGUCUUUUAUACAAUUUUAAAAUGUGUGAUUUUAUGAAUCAUUUGUUGGGUCUCUAUAAUCCAUUGUAUUAUUAUUAUUCGGGACGGUGUGGCGAAGUUGGUAGAGUGGUCGUGCCAGAAAUCGGAGGGUUGCUGGUUACUGGGGUUCAAUCCCCACCUUCUACCAUCCUAGUCACGUCCGUUGUGUCCUUGGGCAAGACACUUCACCCUUGCUCCUGAUGGGCAAGACAAUUCACCCUUGCUCCUGAUGGAUGCUGGUUAGCGCUUUGCAUGGCAGCUCCCUCCAUCAGUGUGAAUGGGUGAAUGUGGAAAUACUGUCAAAGUGCUUUGAGUACCUUGAAGGUAGAAAAGCGCUAUACAAGUAUAACCCAUUUAUCAUUUAUUAAUGAUCUUUAUUACUCUCUUUUGUAAUAUGAUGAUUGUGUUGUGAUUGUUUUAUAUGUAUGUCCCCAGACCUUUAUGCAAUAUAAAAGUGAGAGAAAAUGGCUAAAUUGUUUGUGUAAGGAUGGUUUUGUUUUUACAAUCAUACAUUUGUGGAUAAAAAAACAACAACCCAUUAUUGUGUUUUAAACAUUUUUUACGAUUUGUUUUUUUUCUUUUUUGACAUCCCCAAAACAAUAUCAAUAUCAAUCAAAGUUUGGAGUGUCAGACAAAAGCCAAUAUUGUACAUCAUCCCAAAAAGAUUUACUUUGUAUACAUUUAUAAAAUAAACAGUUUAUUUUGUUUCCCUUUCACAGAACGAACAAGUUUUGUCUUCAAUUGUAAAACAUCUUAAAAAUG